AUGACGACCCGAAUCUUGUUCUGGAUCCUUUGUGCCGGUUUACCAGCAGCUCCAGUGGCUUACAAGAACCUUCCCGGAGGCACAUUUGGAGGUUUUAGUCCUCAAACACGAGCCCAGAAACCAAAGCAGCCUAAAGCCCACAGAACAGAAGGUAAGAACCGGGUGAUUGUGAGUGAUGUUGGUCAAACAUUAAACGGCAGCUGGAGGUCAGUGUGCCCAGACUCAAAGACAAACACAAACAACCAGGCCCUGGCCUCUGGAAGCCCGGGGCUCCUUCAAAAUACGGUUCUGAGUCCUGAGAAGUGUCCACUGCACUCUGUGGACUGUGUUGAGAUCAAGUUGGUGCUGAGGACGAUGGUCUCCAGCCUGGACUUGAUCUGGUCUGAGGCAGCAGCAGAAGCUUCCAGAACCGAGCGUUCUGGUUCUACCUGGCUGAUCCGUUCCAUCCUGCUGCAGCCAGGUGUGCUAAAGCACCAUGUUUUCAUGAAGGUGAAGGUCACUGGGGUCAAAGAUCUUCAGCACAAACUGAGUCUUCCUGAACCGUUGGCGUGGUACUUUCCAGAACUGCCAACUGAGGCGCCUCCUCGCUUCCGGCCGCACUUUGACCUAAAGAUACCCGAGGCAGCUGACAGCGUGAGUGUCACCUGUGGGGGGAACCUGGUCCACGUAGAGGUGAAGAGGGACCUGCUGGGGACCAACAGGCCGGUUCAGGCUGCAGACCUGAAGCUGGGGAGCUGCCCUGCUGCUGGAGAGGAUCCUCGCACUGACGUCGUCAUCUUUGAGGCGGAGCUUCAUAGGUGUGGCAGUGAAUUGCUGGUAUCUGAGGACUUCUUUACUUACAUCUUCAUGCUGCACUACACUCCGACACCACUAGGAAGCAGCGGCAUCGUCCGGACGACAGCCAUCAGCAUCCGUGUUGAGUGUCAUUAUCAGAGAAGACAGGACAUGAGCCUCGGGAUGGUGAAGCCAACCUGGAAACCGCUCAGCGUCACUGACGCCUCACAGGAACAUUUACCCUUCAGCCUCCAGCUCAUGACAGAUGAUUGGCAGUUUCCUCGACAGUCUGGACACUUUGUUUUGGAGGACAUGAUGAAGUUUGAAGCGUCUGUCAAACAGUUUCACCACACUCCCCUCAGAGUAACUGUGGACAGCUGUGUGGCCACCACUGUCCCAAACACAGACACCGUCCCUCGAUACGCCUUCCUGGGAAACCAUGGGUGCCUCUUUGACAGUCAGCUGACAGACUCUCGCUCUCGGUUUCUUCCUCAAACUCGUCCUGAUAAGCUCAGAUUUGAGAUGGGGGCGUUUGUCUUUCAGCAGGACGCCGGCGGCCCGCGUGAUCUACAUCACCUGCCUACUGACAGCUGUUCCAGUAACAGCAGCUCUGGACUCCGCCCACAAGGGUGUACAUUCUCUGACAGGUGGCAGGAAGCCAGCGCGAGUCAUGACGUGUGUUCCUGCUGUGACACGGACUGCGGGACAAGAAGUCAUGCCAGCCACACCUGGCACUCAGUUCGUCCAUGAAACGAUAUUUGGACCUAUCACACUGAAGGACAAGCUGCUGUGCUGAAGACCUUCAAACUAAAUGCUGA